AUGGUUUACAAUAGUUCCCAAUUCAAUGAAUACUCCCAAGUGUGGGUUUACGUGUCUCAAACAUUUGAUUUGAUCAAAAUUGGAAAUUCUAUAAUAUCACAGCUAUCAGGGAAAGAUAAAGAGAGUGGGUACACUGGAAAGCAGAUGAUCCAUAAUUCCCUUGAAAAGGUCCUUGCCAAUAAAAAGAUUCUGAUUGUUUUAGAUGACCUGUGGGAAGACAACAUAUCUCUUUUGGAAGAACUGAAAGAUAUGUUAAAAGUUGGGGAGAGCAGUAAGAUGGUUGUUAUAGCAACCACACGAAGUGAAGGUAUUGCAAAGAAAAUGUCAACCAUCCAACCAUACAAAUUAGCACCAUUGACUGAUAAUAUGUGUUGGUCUAUUAUAAAGCAAAAGAGUGCAUUUGGAUCUAGAGGUGACAAAGAACAAUUGGAGGAAAUAGGGAAGGUCAUUGCAAUGAAGUGUGCGGGUGUGGCUUUAGCAGCUCAAUCACUUGGACACACGCUGCAAUCUAUGAAGUCUGGUCAAUGGGAAUCAGUGAGAGAUAGUAAUAUCUGGACUGCACCUUCUUUGGAAGAUACAUCUUCUACACAAGUGCUUGCAUCACUGAAGUUAAGCUACAGUGUUUUGCCUUCGUAUCUGAAGCUAUGCUUUGCCUAUUGUGCAAUAUUUCCAAAAGGUCAUAAGAUACUUAAAGAUGAUCUUGUUCAUCAGUGGGUUUCUCUUGGUUUCACUUCCUGGGAGCUCGGCCAGAGAUACAUUAAUCAGCUUUUGGGCCUCUCUUUUCUUGAUCCUUUCAAGUCACCAUCCACUUUUGAGUUAUAUGAUGAAGAUGUUAUAUUGUUGACAAUGCAUGACCUGGUGCAUGAUUUAGCAACAUCUGUCAUGGAGGAUGAAAUUAUUUUUGUUGACAAAGUCAAUAAUGCUGAAAGAAGCCACUACCACUAUGCAUUGCUAGAUGAUUGUAGCAAGCCAUUGGGAUCGGACUUAUCCAAGAUAAGGGCGUUGCGUUUUAUGGGUUGUGACAAAUAUAAACUUCAUGAUGACGCAUUUUCAUCUGCCAAAUCUUUGCGUGUCUUGGACUUAAGUGAAUGCACCAUACAUAAGCUGGCAUACUGUAUUGGUGACCUGAAGCAAUUGAGAUAUCUUAACACUCCAAGAGUCCAAGAUACAAAGAUUCCAGACAGUAUCACCAAGCUCUCAAAAUUGAUUUACCUGAACCUUCAUGGAUCUCCUACAAUCUUAGCAUUACCAGAGUCAAUUGGAGAAAUUGAGGGUCUAUUGUACCUUGACUUGUCAACUUGUUCCGGAAUUACAAAACUGCCAAAAUCAUUCAGAAGGCUACAAAAGUUGGCGCAUUUGGAUUUAUCAAAUUGCUCGUAUGUUGAAGGAAUAUCGGUGUUCUUGGAGAGCCUCACACAAAUAGAGUAUUUGAACUUGUCAUACUGCCCAAAUAUCGGAGAUAUACCAGAAGUUCUGGGCAGCCUAUCCAAACUGCAGUAUUUAAACUUAUCAAGCAGCUCAUAUCUUGAAUGUGGUAAAGAAGCAGAAUUUUUGGGUGCCCUCAAAAAACUCGAGUAUUUGAACUUAUCUUCGAGGGAAUGUGGACUCAAAAAGCUCCCUGAAUCUUUGGGCGGAUUCAGUCAACUUAAGUACUUAAACUUAUUAGGUUGGGGAGAUAUGAAAAAAAUGCCAAGAUUAUUUGGGAGUCUGAAGAAUCUGCUCCAUCUUGACUUAUCAUGUUGUUAUAUGGUUGAUGGUGUACAUGAAUCUUUGGUCGGUUUACCAGUCUGCAACAUUUGA